AUGGGGAAGAAAACAAAAAAGCUGAAAACCCUGAAUUGGGAAGGCUCCCGCAACAUUGGUGACCUCCUGCAACAGAGGCCUAGACCUAAAAUGGUGGCGCCACCCGACUCUCCCUACACCUUCUCCGAGGAGGUCAUGGAUGCCACUGACAAAAUCCCCCACACAGUGGGUAAUUUAUCCACACCUCUGACAGAGGACUUAACAGCCCCAGCCACGAAAGGGGACAUAAAGGCCCUCAUGAAUAACAUUCAUGCCUUCUAUAAUGCUGACCUUGAUAUUAUCCAAGAAGACAUCACUGUGGUCACGACCCGAGUAAGGGCGACUGAAGAACACCUCUCCACAGUGGCCCAUCAACAAGAAAACAGUAAUGAGCAAAUCCAAAGCCUCCAGGCAGCCCACAGAGCAUUUCAAAUCAAAAUGGACACUCUGGAAAAUACCCAAAGACGCAACAACCUCAAAAUAAGAGGUAUUGCUGAAACAGUCAACGACCACGAGAUGCCACACUUUAUAAGGUGCCUCUUGUUUUCCAGAUGCCGCAACCCUCCGUGA